AUGGCUUCUCUGAAGCAGACUCUUUCAUCUCUUCCACAUCAUUUAAGGGGUACACAGUCAUUUUUCAGGCUGGUGAGAUGGGAAGCUUGCCUAGAUGCUGAUGAAGAAAAUGUGAAUUUUGCCAGAAAGGAUGAACUUAACAGGACCCACACAGAGGAAAAAGAGGAACAAGAUGCCACCAUGACCCCUGAGUUUAAUGCCUACCACCAGGAUCCUGGAUAUCAAUUCAAGGCUCACAUGCAAGGUGCCCAGACCAAACUGAUCACCACUUGGGAAGCUGGAUGGAAUGUUACCAAUGCUAUUCAGUUGAAGAAAAUUGUGGAUGCCCAUGAACAAGGGCAGACGAUUGGGGCAUGGGCUUACCCACAGGAAGCUUGCCUUAGUACCCCAGCUGGCUUGCUGAGAGAGAUAACUUCAUUUAACUUAAAUAAACACUUUUUUUCAAUUGUUAUUUACUUAGACUGCUAUAACAAUUCUCCCACCACAGAAAAGGGAAUUUUUGUUCUAGGAUUGCCAUAUGCUCUUCUCCACAGUGGAUACAGUGGACUGUUUCUUAUUAUCCUGGCUGCAAUGUUCUGCUGCUAUACUGGCAAAAUUCUAAUUGCUUGCUUGUACGAAGAAAAUGAAGAUGGGCAGCUCAUAAGAGUGAGAGACACAUAUGAAGACAUUGCUAAUGCUUGCUGUAAAAACUUAUUUCCCAGACUAGGUGGCAUACUUGUCAAUGUGACCCAGGUGAUGGAACUGAUCAUGACAUGCGUUUUGUAUCUGGUUUGUAGUGGGAACUUACUGUCACAUAGUUUUCCAUAUAUACCAGUGACGGAGAAAACUUGGUCUGUACUUGCAUUUGUAACAUUGCUGCCUUGUGUAUUUAUCAAAACUCUCAAUAUUGUUUCCAAACUCAGCCUGCUUUGCUCCUUAGUCCAUUUCGUUAUCAUCUUCAUAGUGAUGAGUUACUGUCUGACACAAAUACAUCUAUGGUCUUGGACAAGAUUUAGACUCUCCAUUGAGUUUGAGGAUUUCCUGGUCUCAGUGGGGGUGAUCAUUUUCAGUUAUACUUCACAAAUAUUUCUUCCUACUCUUGAAGGGAACAUGAAAAACCCAACGGAAUUUAGCUGUAUGUUGAACUGGACUCACUUUUUCGCUUGUCUCUUCAAGACCUCCUUUGCACUGACUGCAUUCCUGACAUGGGGUGAAGAGACAAAGGAAGUUAUUACUGACAACCUGCCAUCAUCCCUGCAAACCUUGGUAAAUUUGUGCCUCGUAGCCAAGGCUCUUCUAUCUUACCCAUUGCCCUUUUUUGCAGUAACAGAAAUACUGCAUAAUUGUAUAUCUUGCAGUAAUCAUUCCGAUUACAGAGCCUAUCUGUUUAUUGUAGUUUUAAGAGGUUUUGUCCUCUUGUUUACUUUGCUGAUGGCCAUGUUCAUACCACAUUUUGCUCUACUGAUGGGUUUAACAGGCAGUGUAACUGGUGCUGCUAUGACUUUUCUUCUUCCAUCUCUUUUCCAUUUAAAACUUAAAUGGGAAAAGUUAGUAUUCUUGGAGAAAUGUGCAGCCAUUUUUGUUUUUAUUGUCGGUUUCCUUUGCAGCUUAGCAGGGAUAGUCUGCUCAAUAAAAAGGCUGAUUGAAGCAUUUGGAGGAAGUACUAUUGUAUACGAUGGAAACAUGGCAGAUGGUGGAAGUGAAUAUCAGGAUGCUGAAGACACUCUACUGGCAUUACUUAAAAAUAAACCUUGGGAAUUCUUUG